AUGUCUGGGCGGAUUUAUUAGACUCCCUCGGUCUUAAAAGUAGAGGGAACAACUGAUACCAGAUCAAUACACGUGCAUGUCAUAAUCCUACCUAAUUAAGGUUGAUUUCAGUCUAUUUGAAGCUUUUAGUUAAAACCAAACAAAGACAUCACCUGCUUUGCUUUUGGUUAACAGUGCAAUAUCUCAGGAAAACAGGAAGAACUAAGAAUGAAGUUACCAUGCGCUUAGAUAAUUAGUUUACACAAUAUAGAUACUGUGGGGAAAUACUGAUGUUGGUAAUUUGUAAAGCGCGUACUUGCGAGUAGUUACAGGGCAGUGAAAUGGCAGUUAAUAUACCCUACUACUAGCCGAGGUUUCUUUCCAGUAUGGUUUUAAGCACUUACGAAGUUUUUUACUUUUUGCCUCCCGGCCAUUACAGAAACGAAAAUUAAAACUGUUGUUGCUAUCACUGAUUAUACCCUUUUACAGCCAUCUGACGUCAAGUUGGUUAUUAACGCAUAAACGCUUGCCUGAGAAAAUCGUGAUUGCUCAAGCUUGCAAACUUCGCAGCUUGUGUUCUCUCAUCAAAUUAAUACAAUGUAAAUUGCUGAACGUCAAGCUUGCAAUGGACAGGUAACAUAAAAUGUCAUUAAAACGUCCAGUCGAGUUAGUUUGACCUGAGCUUGGCAUAUAAAGGCUACAUCAUUGAUCUAGGUUAGCUUUCUGAACCCCCGACCCCCCCCCACCCCCCCCCCUCCCGCACCGUCUGACCUGACGAAGAGUUAUCGUGUACCACGGAGCCUUUGGUUAUUAGUGAUAAACACCAGUGUGCGAAUCAUGUAACUUUCCAGCCGAAUAAACUAAGCGAUGAAUAGAUAAAGCUUCACUCGCCUCUCAUUGCACCUCAGAGAAGUACUAUGGCACAGACAAACUUUACUGACGAUGAAAACCAGAAAACAUUCAUAGAACUGUGGUGCUCCGCGGAAUUUAUCAGAGGUGUAGAUGGCGAGCUUCUUUUCAUUUCAGCUCUAAAUAUUUUUCUUUCCAUUUCUGCAUUUCUGGGGAACACUCUGAUCCUAGUUGCCCUACACAAGGAAACCUCACUUUAUCCGCCGUCCAAACUCCUGUAUCGUAACCUAGCGAUGACUGAUCUCUGUGUUGGUAUCAUUGUGGAGCCUUUGUAUGUGGCUUAUUGGACUUCUGUUGUUAACAAAAGAUGGAAUAUUUUCCAUUACACAAGUUUGGCAAUGGGUUUCUGGGCUUCUACUUUGUGUGCAGUGUCUUUAUUAACUUCGACUGCAAUAAGUUUGGACAGACUUCUCGCCUUGUUGCUGGGGCUCAGAUACAGACAAGUUGUAACUUUGAGAAGAACAUGUAUAAUCGCUUUUGGUUUCUGGUUUUUGUCCAUCGUUGUUUCAUCUACUUUGACAGUUUGGAAUAUUCUUAUACUUCUUUCGUAUAAUUACAUAGGUACAGCUUUGUGUUUAGUGACCACAGCCUUCGCUUACACAAAAAUUUUCUGUACUCUGCGUCAUAAUCAAAUACAUGUUCAGAACCAUUUUGCUCCUCGACAACCUAACCAAGAAAUUCCACUGAACAUAGCUCGAUACGGAAAGGCAAUUUACACUGCAUUGUGGGUGCAGGGAACAUUGGUUGUUUGUUAUCUGCCGCUUAACAUCGUGAACACGUAGGCUUUGACAACUCAAAGGGGCUUUUCCUUAUCUGUUUACCUUGCAUGGCAGUUUACGUCUACACUAAUGUUCUUAAACCCGUCAUUAAACCCUUUGUUGUACUGUUGGAAGAUUAGAGAAGUGAGGCAAGCGGUUAAAGAAACAUUAAGGCAAAUAUUCUGUUGUUCGAGUCAGUAGUGUAGUAUGCUUUUCAGCGCUGUAUAAUGUUAAUUAAAAAUUCAUGAGAAAAUUGCCGUUUAACUAACUACAUUUGGGGAAGUAUUUUGAAAGCUAUUGUCAAAGUUUCGUUUGGGUCGAGGUAAGUCUUGAUUUUGUCCACAUGGGUGUAUUUCUUGUCUGAAUUUUGCUUUUACUUGUACUUGAAUUUUUGCUUAGCUCGCGGAUUUGCUUAAUGCCAUUCUAGCAAUAUUCUUCGCUUGCCAUUGUCAGAUGUUUGUUUUUCAUAGGUGGUCGUGAAAAAUAAGGGCUACAAUUAUUCCCUAAUUAUUUCAUCGGAAGUUUCGUCUUUACAAGUGAAAUCCUCUCAUUAUUCAAGGAUAUUGUCUCCAAGUUUUAUUUUCACGUUACCAGCAGUGACUAACAAUACACUUGAAAUAUGCAAAAAUGUUAGCUAUUGUUGUUCACGAAAAUAUGAAACUUGGAGACAAUACCCUGAAUAAUAAGUGGCUUUCGCUUGUAAACACAAAAUUUCUGACAAAAUAUUAGCGAAUUGUAGCCCUUAUUUUACCGCCUUACAAUAUAUCAAUAACCUUGAAACUAAAAGGUCAUAUAGGGGUUCCUCAAGCUUGUAAACUUAACAGCAUGUGUUAUUGGACGGUUUUCUGCCGAACUGAAUUACAGUAUAAUGUAAGCUCUCAUAGGUAAAGCUUACAAUGCACCGACAACAUAUAGACCUGAAAAAUCAUUGAAUCGUCCACCGAGUUAGUUUUACCUGGCUCAUCACAUGCACAGUUCGACUAUAUGGUUUGAAAAACUACAAAACUCAGUGCUAAACCCCCAUCCGCUUUCUUCUCUGUCUGCCGGCCCUACGAAGACGAGCCCAUAUUAAUUUCUUUGACGUCAGCUUUAACGAACAACUGACAAAACUCGCAGAUGGGCUUUAAGUUAUUAGUGAAAGACUUGAAAGACCUACGAGUCAUAGUUCCAUCCAAAUUAACUGAAAACGAAAUAUAAAUAAAGCAAUCACUUGGAUCUCUAAAUGCAUUGCUGACAAAAAUGGUACCAGCGACAAACUUCACUGAAGAUGAAAACCAGAAAACGUACGAAGAACUGGUCUGCUCGGCGGAAUUUAUCAGAGGUGUAGACGGCGAGCUUAUUUUUAUUUCAGCUCUAAAUAUUUUUAUGUCCAUUACUGCAUUUCUGGGGAACACUCUGGUCCUAGUUGCCCUACACAAGGAAACCUCACUUCAUCCGCCGUCCAAACUCUUGUAUCGUAACCUAGCGAUAACUGAUCUCUGUGUUGGUGUCAUUGUAGAGCCUUUGGCUGUGACUUAUUUUACUUCUGUUGUGAAAGAAAGAUGGGAUAUUUGCUAUCACGCAAAUUUGGCAGUAGCUUUCUCAGGUUAUACUUCGUGUGGAGUGUCUUUAACAACUUCGACUGCAAUAAGUGUGGACAGACUUCUCGCCUUGUUGCUGGGGCUCAGAUACAGACAACUUGUAACUUUGAGAAGAACAUGUAUAAUUGUUUUUGGUUUUUGGAUUUUGUCCAUCGUUGGUUCAUCUUCUACAUUUUGGAAUCCUCAUAUACUCCUUUGGUGUCAAUACAUAAUUACAGCUCUGUGUCUAGUCACCUCAAUCUUCGCUUACACAAAAAUUUCCUAUACUCUGCGUCAUAAUCAAAUACAUGUUCAGAACCAUGUUGCUCAAGGACAACCGAGCCAAGCAAUUCCACUGAACAUAGCUCGAUACAGAAAGGCAGUGUACAGUGCACUGUGGGUGCAGGGAACAUUGGUUGUUUGUUAUCUGCCGCUUAGCAUCGUGGACGCUUUGACACCUCAAAGAGGCAUUUCUUUAUCCGUUUACCUUGCACGGCAAUUAACGGGUACAAUACUGUUCUCAAACUCGUCAUUAAACCCGUUGCUGUACUGCUGGAAGAUCAGAGAAGUGAGGCAAGCUGUAAAAGAAACUUUAAGGCAAAUGUUCCGUUGUUCGAGUUAG